AUGGUCGGAUACUGCAAGGUCCAGGCACUUCAAAUGAAGGGGAGUUGUACCAGUAGAGCACACCAGAUCCAGAGUGUGCCCUUUGUAUGCUGUUAUGUAUUGAUUGUCAUUUUUUUUACAGGUUGUUCAAGCAUGGAUGUCCUGGUGGCCAGUCAGAUUAAUGCGCUGAACGGCACCACCGUCAAAAUAUCCUGUACAUUCACUUCCUGUUAUAAGAUAGAUGCUGCCAAGUUUGCUAUGAACUGGACCUACCAGGAAACCCAAAAUGAUACAGAGGAGAUGUUUAUGACAUACUACAGUAAGAAGGGAAUGGUGCCUCUACGCCCUGACAGGUUUGGGGAUCGGGUGGUUUUUGCCGGCACCCUCGACAAGAACGACCUGACUAUUACCCUAUCAGAUGUUAAGCUGGAAGAUGAGGGGGUGUAUAACUGUUAUGUGAGGAACCCCCCAGACCGCAUCCUGGGUCAUGGGAUCAUACAGCUUAAAGUGGUCACUGAACUUCCCCCUCCCAGGGACUCAACCAUCGCAGUGGCAAUUGGUGCAUCAGUGGGCGGAGCGUUGUCUCUGUUAAUUCUUUCCAUGGUCGUGGUGAAAUGUCUUCGUCGACACAGGAAACAGGAACUGAUGUCAGAGGAGAAAAUGGAAGAAGAAGGAAAACUGGAGGCUGAGGGGGUAGCUGAGGAGGGCACUAAGUAAGACCUCCUAAAGUCCUAAAUCUCAGUCCUAACCCGUAA